AUGGAGUUGAAAGGCAGUCUUUUUCUUCGCUCAAAUAGAACGGAAUAUGGACCAGAUGUGUUGGUUUCGAAUUGGGAUCAAAGACGGGAAGCAGAACCCAAGGAUUAUGAUUAUACAAGAGAUUCUUACCGAAAUUGUCACCUGUCGACUUACAGACGCUUUGGUACAAGGGAAGUAUGUCCAAGAACAUCUUACCAAGACGCAUGUGAACAAUUAUUCUUAAAGCCGAUGUAUGAAGAUAGGAAACCACACCAUCCUUUUUAUUCAUUGCAGAGUGGAACAAACUUAAAAACUAAGUGUCCAAGUGCUUCUCUCAGCAGUCCAUUUGCCUGCGAAUGUGUCCUUCCCAAACACCCACCUGACUACAACAAAAGAUAUUUAGAAACUACACAUCUUGUAGACUUCCAGCCUCCAUACCCAUAUGAAUCAAAAACAGAACAGUUCAUUCCAGACAAUUCUGCAGCAUUCAAGAAGUGUAUCUCACAAUUUACAGACCAAGAUAACCACCGUAGGAGUGGCCAGAACACGUGGCACGAUGAAAGUGGGCUGUACGGCAAUAGAAUUAUUAAGGCUCAGCUCUAUGAACCUACUCUCCCUGAAAUGCGCCCAGAGCAAUGUACCCACAUUGAAAACCAUGGCAAAUAUUGUGGGAAAAAAAUCAUACAUGCAAACAAAGAAAUGACAGAAAAAGUGAUUUAA